AUGCAUGCCCUAUUCUCUUAUUUAGGCAAAGUCUUUCAAUCAGAGCCCUCUGAGGAACCUUCCGGACCCACAACUUACAAGGGACACAAGUAUGGGGUUAACUCUGUUGCGUUUUCUCCUGAUGGGUGUUCGGUUGUAUCGGGAUCCUUGGACAGGACAGUUUGUAGCUGGAAUACGAACAAGUCUGCCUCGAUAAGUCAACUGUGGCAAGCUGAGAGACAUGGUGAUACAGUUUAUUCGGUCUCCUACUCCCCCCUUGGUGAUGUAUUAGCUUCUGGAUCCGCCGACUUCACCAUUCGCCUAUGGGAUUCAAAGACGGGCUUGCCAAUAGGCGAGCCACUAAAGAGCCAAAGGAACAUGGUACAUUCAGUCGCCUUCUCUGGAGAUGCAAAAUUUAUUGCCAGUGGCAAUGAAGGAGGGGAGGUUCGUAUGUGGGCCACGAAUGACACAGCAAGUCCCUACAUCUCUUACGGGAGCAACUCAUUCACGAUUGCGUCGAUCGCGUUCUCUCCCUGUGGUAUUCGGGUCGCUGCCGGGUCUCAUGACUGGGGUAUCCGAGCCUAUGAUUUGCAAACUAAAACAUCAAUAUUAUCACUCCUCGGGGGACAUACUGAACCCGUUCGUUCCAUUGCAUAUUCUCACGACGGAAACCUGAUAAUCUCUGGGUCCAAUGACAAAUCGGUUCAGCUCUGGGACGUUCGUAGUGGAAAGAUCGUCCGCAAUUCAUACCAAGGCCAUGCCAACCAAGUUACAUCCGUUGCUUUCUCUCCAAACGAUUUAUGGGUCGCGUCGGGAUCUAUGGAUCGUACUGUUCGUAUCUGGGACAUACGGACUAGCGGUUUGAUUGUUGAGCCAUUGAAGGGGCAUACCAGGGGGGUAACUUCGAUCGCAUUUUCUCCCAGUGGAGCCCAACUCCUAACUGGUUCACUCGAUCGUAAUGUAAAAUUGUGGAAUUUACUCCAAGUAGAACAUUUUUGUGAACCUGAGACAGGAUCGAGGUCGGAAGUAGGAGAAGGAAGUCAGCAACACACAACCGGGAGCACAUCACCCAGGAGUUUUGAAGAGGGAGAAGUAACUAACAAAGAGUUAGUUAACCAGCAGAUGUCGAUCCACGAUAUGUUCAAUAGCCUUCUUACUCAUGGAUGCGUCGAUCUCACUACCCAAAUGAUUGGGAAACACGAUGACACCGUCCCGGUAGCUGGCGGUGGUUUUGGUGAUGUAUGGAUGGGUGAAUUACGCAACGGCAGUAAGGUGGCAAUUAAAGCAUGGAGAGCGUCUUUCAUUGAGCCCUGCGGCUACAAAGUUCUCAAGCGUGCCAUGCGUGAAAUAUACAAUUGGUCCAGAAUGAAACACGACAAUAUACACGAAUUGAUGGGGGUGAUGAUAUUCAAGGGCAACUCCUUAGGGAUGGUUUCCCAAUGGAUGGAAAAUGGAAAUUUGCACGAUUUCAUGAGACACAACCCCAACUUCAAACCAUUUUCAUUGGCAAGCCAAGUCUCAGAGAUCGCCUCGAUUCAAGUCGCAAGCGGCCUUGCGUAUAUGCACCAAAACGAAAUGGUUCAUGGCGAUCUUAAAGCGGCAAAGGGUACUGCCAAACUGACCGACUUUGGCUUAUCCGUCUUGUCUAAUGCCAGCCUGGCGUUCUCGUACUCUAGUGACACACAAUCAAUAUCCGUUCGCUGGACGGCUCCAGAACUACUCUUGGAAGGCGCGAUUAAGACCAAGGAAUCGGAUGUGUAUGCCCUUGGAAUGACACUCCUGCCCUACCUGGAAGAAGACGUUGUUAAAGGGAAUCCUGUUUCUUGGCUCCACAAUCUGGAUGCCUUCUGGCUGCAAUUCAAUGCACGCUGGAAUGUCCAAAAUAGGACAGAGAACUUCUGCGCUGAAUUGCGCACCCUCAAACAAACCAAGGGAGUCCAAGAUUACUACAAGGACUUCCAAACCUACUCUCAAGGUCUUGGUUACAAUGAUCUUUCUCUCAGGGACAUGUUCUAUGAUGGCCUAUCCCACAAAAUUAAGGAAACUCUCAUGGUUCAAGAUUAUGACCAUGCAGAGGCCUCUGUCACUCUUGCAACUCUUGCAGAGAAGGCCCUUAAGGUGGAUCAACGCCUAGAGCAGUUUGCAGCCCAGCACAAGGGUUUAUCCUCCUCUUCAAACCAAUCUGGAAGCAAAUCCAGCACCUGUACGUCAGCAGCAGCCCAGGGAGCGCCCAGGGAUAAACUGUCUGUUGGGGAACAGGUGUAUGCCAUUGUGGAUGGAAAGGCAAAGAAGGGGGUCCUUCAAAAAAUUGGCCAGAAUGCUAAAGGGAUUGCAGUUCCAAUUGUUAAGUGGAAUGAUGGCACCACCAUGGACGUUACCUUCAAAACUAUCAAGAAGGAUAACCAUCCAGCCACUGCCACCUCCACUCCUGCUCCCAAGGCUUCCUCCUCCUCCUCCUUGCGCAAUUCUGGUCCUUCCCCUAUGGACUUAGACUCUGCCUCUUCAAAAGGCAAAAAACCCAUUAUAUGCGCAACAUGUGGAGGUAGGGGACACUAUGCCAAUCAAUGCCCCUCAAAAUCCUACUCUGGCCAUGAGGCCCAUAUCUCUGAGGAUGAGUUGGAAAAUGGGGACCUCUGA